AGGAAAGAGUGUGCUGACCUCGCAGAAUUCGAUUUCCGAGAUUUAAAUUCUUCAUGUGCUAUUCAAAGAUGACAAUGAAAGAGCAUUCUAAGGUCGCUAUUAUUACUGGUGCCAAUGCUGGCGUCGGCUUCGGCAUUAUCCAACGGCUAUUACAGGAAGACAAACACAUUUCAAUUGUGAUGGCUUGUCGCAAUCAUACUCGUGCAAGUAAUGCCCGGAAAUCUCUUCUCGCUGAAUUCCCUGAAGCCAAUAUCGAUAUCAAGCUCGUGGACGUUGGUAGUACGAUCUCUGUUUUUGAUUUUUGCAAAGCUGUAAAAGACAGUUACUCGCAUAUUGAUUAUAUAUUUUGUAAUGCUGGUAUUCUAAGCACCAGCGGUAUCAACUGGAGUCAAGUCGUAUGGCAGUUCCUUGCCAGCCCUGUUGGGUUUAUGGAGAGAUCUGAUGCUACAGUACAGAUUGUAGGAGAAAUCAACGCUGAUGGGAUGGGGAACGUUUUUGCAGCAAACGUAUUUGGCCACUACAUCAUGGCAAGAGAGCUCGAAUCUCUGCUACAUAUUAGCGGCGAAGGUCGUGUAAUUUGGACAAGUUCAUUGACAGCAGAGAAAUCAGUGUUCGACAUAGAAGAUUGGCAAGGAAUUAGAAGCUUAAUGCCGUACGAGUCUUCAAAGUGGGCCUGUGAUUUGGUAGCUAUCGGAAGCAACACAAGAUAUGAUAACGAAAAGCAAAAUAUCACAUCUUUUUCAACGAGUCCUGGAGUAGUAGCAAGCUCGAUUGGUAACCUGCCAAUUUGGAUAACCAAACUUCGAACAUUAAUUCACUAUGCUUUUCGAUUUGCUGGUGUUACUUCACAGAAUAUCACAGGAUAUCGAGGGGCUGUCGCGCAUGCUUUUGUUGCUUUACAGCCACUAAAAACUCUGAACUACCUUUGCAGAUACACAUCGCUUACAAGCUGGCGCGGCGUUUCUUAUGCUGAAGCCGAACCAAUUUCAGAUUACGAUCCUAUGGACGCUGAGAAACUUAUACAACACUGUGAAUUGGCGUAUCAAGCCUGGAAGAACAAGUAUACUCAAUCUCGGAUAGGAUAAGGAUCUUUAAAGAGUUUAUCCGGAACAUUACGAAAAUUACAAGGUCCUAUUUGCCACCACUAAUUACGGACCUCAUUCAAUAAUACAUCCGCAAUACCUUCUUCUUUGAUCAUCUCCUUGAUACCUGUAUGCAUUUCAAUUAGUUUAAAUGCUCUCUUGAGGAGGCACUGCAUUUUCUUUUAGCUGCGAUAGGAACAGCAGUCAGUUUAGUGGGUUAGUAAUCGAGGGAGAAAGGAGAGCGGGCGUAAGAAGGAUACAAUUAGGGAAACGCUUAUGCAUUGGUGAUAGCGUAUGAUAUAGCUUUUUUUCUAGAUGCCACCUUCAAAAAAAAAUUCAUCAUAAAGAAAAGAGAACUGGUCUGUGACGAGGAAUAAGUGAG